AGCUUAGCGCACAACUUUGCAGAGUUCCGUGGCAGAGCAGAGCAAGACAUACGGGACCGGUGAGGAGACUUUUGAAAGAGUUCGAUGCUUCUCAUUUGAUCAGAGUUUCAUCUCUUCGAACUUUUUACUGACUACAGGCUACUUAAUAGGGUGAGGCUCUUUAAACUUCAGUGUUUUCGUAAGAGUGCGCGGCACCACUUCCAAGUCGUUUGAAUGUAUAGCAUGAUGGAAACCGAGAUUAAAAGCCCCCUUCCGCAGUCCAACACGGGCUCGGCUGCGGGCGGCAAAAACAACAGUUCCAACGACCAGGACCGGGUGAAGCGGCCUAUGAAUGCUUUCAUGGUGUGGUCCCGCGGUCAGCGGAGGAAGAUGGCACAAGAGAAUCCCAAAAUGCACAACUCUGAGAUCAGCAAGCGCCUCGGUGCUGACUGGAAACUUUUGACUGACGCCGAGAAGAGACCUUUCAUUGAUGAGGCCAAGCGCUUACGAGCCAUGCACAUGAAGGAGCACCCGGAUUACAAAUACCGUCCCCGCAGGAAGACCAAGACCCUGCUGAAGAAAGACAAGUAUUCCUUGCCCGGGGGACUCUUGGCACCCGGUGCCAACGCUGUCAACAACGCCGUGUCAGUGGGUCAGCGGAUGGACUACACGCACAUGAACGGCUGGACGAACAGCGCGUACUCCCUCAUGCAGGACCAGCUGGCCUACCCUCAGCAUCCCAGCAUGAACAGCCCCCAGAUCCAGCAGAUGCACCGGUACGAAAUGGCGGGGCUUCAGUACCCCAUGAUGUCCACGGCCCAGACCUACAUGAAUGCCGCGUCCACGUACAGCAUGUCACCAGCAUACACGCAGCAAACUUCCAGUGCAAUGGGUUUGGGCUCCAUGGCUUCAGUGUGCAAGACGGAACCCAGCUCUCCUCCUCCGGCCAUAACCUCUCAUUCCCAACGUGCUUGUUUGGGAGACCUGAGGGAUAUGAUAAGCAUGUACCUGCCCCCCGGAGGAGACAGCGCCGACCACGCCAGCCUACAGAGCAGCCGGUUACACAGCGUCCACCCGCACUAUCAAAGCGCAGGGACUGGCGUGAACGGAACGCUACCCCUAACCCACAUUUGAAAGACUCCUAAAAAAAGACUUAAGUAGCCUACUUCGGAUACUUGAACAUUUUGAUUUGCAAAAAAGAAUCGAAGUUCAAUUUCGUUUUUAAAAAAGAAACUAUUUUUAAUCUCAAUGAGUUGUCCGUUUUAAAGCAUUUUAUGACGACAUAUCGGGGACUUCAGAAUAAAUUGUAUUGCAGAGGAGCUUUUUAUCAUAAGCUGUAAAGCAAUCAACGUCUGUAGAAGAAUAUUGGACUUCUGACUUAUUUGCCGUCAGAGUUUGUCUGUAUGAAAAGGGCACGUGGCUCCGUGAAGAGGCUGUAUUUCAAAAACAAAAAAGAAAAAGAAAUGGAGGGAGAGUAGUCUAUGUUCACUCAUAAAUGUUUACACUUAUUUUUUAGAAUGUCGGUUUUGUCAAAAAUAUGUUUAGUCUUUUUGUUGUUCAUUUAUGAACUAGGUUUUAUUGAAAUGAAAGACUGUGCUGGUUGCAAGCGCAAAGUUUGUUUUAUUUAUAGUGAGUUUUUUUUUAAAGCUUGUGAACCAUUGUACGUCUUGUUGAAAUGUUAGACUUUUUUUUUUGUGAAUGUUUCUUUCUGUGAUGUUAUGGCAGUAUCAGGUUAACCCAUUUUGUGGGACGGAGAGUUUUAUUUAAACUGACGUUUCUACUCGAGCCCAUCCUAUUCCUAAAUGAAUAAAUUUGUUGUACAAAAAAAAAAAACUUAAUGGCUAGAUAUGAUUAUUAUUAUUACUUUUUUUUUAAUUCAGUGAAUUGUUUGGUUCUUUGAAUCGUAUGUCUACCAGAAAACCAGUGACAGAAUUACUAAUUCGCUUUAAGCCAAAUGUGGUAAUUUGAAGCGAUCGGUUAAAUGAAAAGUAAAUACGCGAAUUCAGAUACGCCCGCUACCAAUCAGAUUUCAACACCCCGAGGAUUGUUAUUAAACCGCAGAUAUAUUUGUGCCUUUCAAAUGCCUAAAAAUACAAUCUGUCUGUAAAUGAAUCAAGUAUCAUUCUAUAUAUUGGACCACUGAAUUAAAGCAUGGCGCCUAAACACUGUAUGUCAUUUUCCCUGAAUUAUCAUAUGUAUAUACUGUAAGCUCAGUUCUGAUAAUAGCCUACUACAAAUCAUAAAAAUGAAACUUGUUUCAAAAUAUGCUGUUUUCAUAAGAUUUACUUGCUGUUGGUGAGACAACUCUCCUUUGCAAUAAUGUGCAACACAAAACAUAAUAAAACUGAAAAUCCUAAAUAUAUAAAUGGAGGAAAAUAUUUUUUUUAACACACAUGAACUGUCAUGCAUAUAAACUGUGUAAUCCACCCUCAUGCAUUUUCACUUGUUGAGUCCAGGUACAUACAGUUCCUCAGAAGUAGUUUGUGGUUUACUAUAAAUAUCGUUAAUCCUUUGAGUUUGUCAAAACCUGACGAUGAAACGGUUGAUAAUUUCUGACAAUUAUCUUCAUAAUUAGUGAUUAAUGCAGGGAUUAUUUGGUUGCUAUUUCACUAUUUCAGCUACUAUGUUGUGGCGAUGUUUUUGGGGUCAGACAGAGGUUAAAUAUUUGCUGUACAUUAUUCAGUGAUUUGACUAUCACACAAUAUUGUAUUUUUGUCUGUGUCAAGCAACCAUUUUUCCAUACCUUUCUUGUAGUAGUUAGCCAAGAAAAAGGAGGCACAUACAAGGCUGUUAUGGACUGCCUCAUGUAAUUUAGGGUGUCAUUUCAACUACUGAGUUCUCGAUAUAUAAUAUGUAUAAUAGCCUAAAUGUUUUGUCUAACAUAUGUUCAUAAAGAAUAAAGAAUCUUCAAUGUC